CCCUCUGACUCGCAACAUUGGGCCUCAGAGCUUGCCAUUACUGGGACUUCCUCUGCUUCAGCCUCCCAAGUAGCUGGGAUUAUAGGCAUGUGCCACAAUGCCCAGUUGUAUGUGUAUGUUUGUGUGUGUGUCUGUUGGUUUUUAAAAGCUCAAAAGCAACCCAGAUGGACUUGUGCUAAGUCAUUAAGUGCUGUGGAAACUCACAGGGAAGAGAGAACACUGAGGGCUGGGGCAAUCAGGGAAGACUUCCUGGAGGUGGAGAGAUGGGAAUUCUCAUUCCUCAGAGAUGACUUGCUCAAUUUCGCGUGGACAAUGAGCUGGGAUUAGAAGCUGCUGCCAUGCCUGCCCAUGUGCUGCUUUAUCCUCUCAACUGGAAUUAUGGAGUAUUCAGGCACAGGCCCCUUUGUGAGCAGCAGACCGGCCUGGGGGCUGGCAGCGGGACACCCCAGUCUGCAUGCUGAAGAAGAUGGGUGAGGCCGUGGCCAGAGUUGCACGGAAGGUGAACGAAACGGUGGAGAGCGGCUCUGACACUCUGGACCUGGCCGAGUGCAAGCUGGUUUCCUUCCCCGUCGGCAUCUACAAGGUCCUGCGGAAUGUCUCCGACCAGAUCCACCUCAUCACCCUGGCUAACAACGAGCUCAAGUCCCUCACCAGCAAGUUCAUGACCACGUUCAGUCAGCUCCGAGAGCUCCACCUGGAGGGGAACUUCCUGCACCGCCUGCCCACUGAGGUGGGCAGCCUGCAGCACCUCAAGGUCAUUGACCUGUCUCGGAAUCAGUUUCAAGAUUUCCCUGAGCAGCUCACCACCCUGCCCUCGCUGGAGACCAUCAAUCUGGAGGAGAAUGAGAUCGUGGCAGAUGUGCCCGUGGAGAAGCUGGCCGCCAUGCCCGCCCUACGCAGCAUCAACCUCCGCUCCAACCCUCUGAAUGCCGAGAUGAGUGCAGCUGAGCAUCUUCUGGGCCUCCGUGGGCUGGAGGCCUUGUUUCUAGUGCUGAGAGCCAAUGGCUUCCCUGAGAGGAGUGGAAGACAACCCUCCACCUGCUGCUUCCUGAGAACUGAGGAUGAAGCCUUUCGCCAUGCCCCUCCUUCACCACCUGGCUCCCUGGGCCGGCAGGAGCCUGAGCGGGAGACCCGAGAAGGCCGUGGCCUCGAACAGGGCAAGACGUUCUGCAGACGCCAUGCACCCUGAGGAUGGACCCUGGGGAGAAAUCAGGGCAGCUCUGUCCUUCCUUUUGAUGAAGACUGAGUGGGUAGGAAGUUCUGAGCACUCCACACCUCCCCGGGGAAGGACUGUCCAGCUGUGCCUGGUCCUCACCCCUGAGCUGCAGGAGAGGUGGCCCAGGGACAACAAUGCCAUUUGUGUCUGUGGCUAUGGUCCGAGUAAUUAGCUGCCCCCCCCCACGGUCUCUCUCCCUUGUCAUGGCCCCUUGGGGGCAGAAGACACUGCGGAUCGUUGGCUCCAGAGCUACCACCCUGCUGACCUAGCCAUUGUGAGGUCCUCACCUGGAGUCUAGGGUUUGGCCAGGGAGUAUGGUGACCAGCCAUCCUGGCUUGUCAGGGACUGAAGGUUUCCUGGGAUGUGGGGCUUUCAGUGAUAAAACUGGGGCAAGUCGAGAUGGCAGGCCCCCCACCUGGCUCUUGCUUUCUGGUAAACAGUGCUUUGGAGAACCCCGACUUUCUGAUGCCCCAGGUGACUACAUCUCACUUUCUCAUGGGAGGAACAAGGGCUUCCCCAGAGCCCACCUGCUCUGCACCUAGGUGUGGAUCUGUGCAGACCCCUGAGGCCUUGGGCAGAGCUGGGCCACUUACCACACCUACAGUCCGGCUCUCCAGAGGUCUGACCACCAGUCAGAGCAGUAGCCUGUCUCAGAGGCGCCCCAUGUGCUUCCCCCUUCCAGGUCUCCUAUGUCUUGGCAAGGAGCUGACAUUGUUGGUCACUGAAUACUUAGUGUCCCAAGAGAGAGACCUUGUCCAUUCUGCUCAUAUCUCAAGGCCUUCCUGUCCUUCUGAAAGAGGGUUUCCAGGGCUGCUGAGUUCAGCUGUGGACACUGGGCAGGUGGGGGCUACAGUGCAGUCCGGGCUGGGCUGCCCCCCACCACCCGUGCUCUGGAGCCGGGUCUCUCCUGGUGGAAGAGGCCAUCUCGUGGCCAGAGCCUUGCACCCCGAAGCAUGAUCUGAGGGCCAGCAACGGCUGCAUCACCUGGGAGCUUGUUUGCAACGCAGGAUCCUGGGCCCACCGCAGUCUUCCUGCAGCAGAAUCCGCAUUUUAAUAAGAUUCCCAGCUGAUUCCUACAAGUAUGUUAUAGUUUGAGAAAUGAGGGCCUAGGGGUGACCCUGGGCAUGUCCUCGGGUUGGAGGGCAAAGGCUUUCUCGGUUCUCCCCUGCCACCCCCAGGGAUGUGAGUCUGGGCUCAGCCUCCUUCCAACCCAGCCCUGGGAGACCCGUAGCCUCUUGGAUCUCUCCAGAGUCUGCAUGACACUCCCUUUGAAGGGGGUGAUCGCAUCACCAGGAGAUGAGGGUUGGGUGUGCGUGGCCAUCUGGAUCCUACCUCUGGUUCACCCCUGCAUGCCAGGCGGCCUGCUCCAGGUCCUAUCCCUGGCCCUGUGAUAGGCUGCUUCUGGAAGUUCCUUCUACUCUGCUUAGACAGCAGGCCCUUGCCUCUCUGGGAAAGCGUGGGCAGUCGGAGGAGCUCCCAAAUCCAGGCUCACAGUGUGAGCGAGCCCUUAGCUUCAGUCUGCAAUAAAGAAUGUGUUGGUUC